CGGACCCUGCCUUUGGACCUGGAUUCCCGGAGCCCGUCGCCAUGCCGGUCCGGGUGUAGAGCCUCCAUGGAGCUGUCGCACCUGUACGAGGCUGCCCGGCCGCACGGACCGUCCUACAGGGAUCCGGAGCUGGGAGGAGACAUCGGGGACAGCGAGACCUCCAUGGACCUGAGCGCCUACAUAGACCCGGCAGCCUUCAACGACGACUUCCUAGCGGACCUGUUCCACCACAGCUCCCGGCAGGACAAGCUGAAGAUCAUGAGCGGGGACUACGAGGCCCUGGGCUGCCCGGGGCCCCCCCAGCACUACCUGCCCAGCAUGCCCAGUAUGCCCAGUAUGCCCAGUAUGCCCAGCAUGCCCGGCUACAUGGAGUCCAAGCUGGAGCCUCUGUACGACCACAACCCGCGCCUCCGCCCGGUGGCCAUCAAGCAGGAGCCUCGGGACGACGAGGACGUGAACCCGGGUCUGCCCCCCACCUACCACCCCCGCACCCCCCCGCACCCCCAGUACUCCCAGCACUCCCAGCACUCCCAGCACUCCCAGCAGCAGCCGCACCUCCAGUACCAGGUGGCGCACUGCGCGCAGACCACCAUGCACCUCCAGCCCGGACACCCGACGCCUCCUCCGACCCCGGUGCCCAGUCCGCACCAGCACCAGCACCAGCACCACCAGCACCACCCGCAGGCCGGCCUGAAGCUGCUGGAGCCGGGGGGCAAGUCGAAGAAGAGCGUGGACAAGAGCAGCCCGGAGUACCGGCUGAGACGGGAGCGCAACAACGUGGCCGUGCGGAAGAGCCGAGACAAGGCCAAGAUCCGCAACAUGGAGACCCAGCACAAGGUGGUGGAGCUCAGCACCGACAACGACCGGCUGAGGAGGAGGGUGGAGCACCUCACCCGGGAGCUGGACACGUUACGGGGCAUCUUCAGACAGCUGCCCGACGGAUCCUUCAAACCCAUGGGCAGCUGAGGGGCCGGGCCGGGCCGGGCCGGGUCUCUGCAGGAUUUACUCAGUGACGGUUCUACAGGUGUGAGAGGAGACAAACACCAGACUCUAUUCUGGACCAAAGACAGAACAGACAAUCACCACUGAGUUCAUGUAUCAUCCCUCAGAGGACCAGGAGGACCGGCCCUCCUCCCUCAGAGGACCAGGAGGACCGGCCCUCUCCUCCUCACCCUGAGUCUGUGUGCCUUCAUAAGCUGGUCCUGCUGCUCCACAGAGGAGCGCUUGUUUCUGUGCCUUGUCCCCGUAAGACUGUGUCCUCCCUCACAUAUCAGAGCAGCUAAAGGGGGACGUCUGGAGUCCAGCAGUCUGAGACACGGUGUCCUAUUUAAAAUGGUCUGUCUGACAGUCAUGUUUAAGAGAAACAGUGAUGAUGGUGAUGAUGAUGGUGAUGAUGAUGAUGAUGAUGAUGACUGAACCACAUUCUGAGUAGUUUUCAUGCUUCCAAACCAGUUCAAGGACUCAGAUCUCCAGUGGGACGUUUGAGUUGUGAUGAUGAUGCUCCACAUUCUGUGUCUGUAUGAAUAUUAAUAACUGAGUUAUAAAAUGCCAAAGUGACAAAAACCAUCUCAUAGAACUGGAACGUAAAGACGAGAGAACGUAAAGACGAGAGAACGUAAAGACGAGAGAACGUAAAGACGAGAGAACGUAAAGACGAGAGAACGUAAAGACGAGAGAACGUCCUCCUUCUGUUAAAACAAAGUCAAUGUGAAACGUUUCUAUGCAACACGUCUCUGCUCACACACACACACACACACACACACACACACACACACACACACACACACACACACACACACACACACACACACACACACACACACAUACACACACACACACACACACACACACAUACACACACACACACACACACACACACACACACACAUAAACACACACACACACAUACACACACACACACACACACACACACACACACACACACACACACAUAAACACACACACUCAUACACACACACACACACACAUACACACACACACACACACACAUACACACACACACACACAUAAACACACACACUCACACAUAAACACACACUCUCACACAUAAACACACAUAAACACACACACUCUCACACGGUGCCUUCUGGUCUGAGAUGACCUUUGACCUCCUGCUGCGUGUCAGUGAGGAAACACUUUGUUGUUUUUUACAAACGUAUGUUAAACCGUGUUUGUUUCAGAGUUAUCGUCUCAGUUGUAAAAUAAGUAUAUAUACAUAAAUAUAUGUAUAUGUAUAUAAAAUACCAAAAAUCUGAAUUAUUAUAAUAAAGAGCUUGUUUUAUCACAU